UAUGUUACUGCCAUGGCUAGGGGUUUCCAUGCUCUUGGAAAAAUGGAACAUUAUACAUUCAUUUUAAAUACGUAGUUAUUUAAUGUUACAGCUCCGCGUGAGUUUCAUAAAAUCAGUCACCCAAUCGAAAACCAAUUAUAACGCGCGUAUUCUAUCCUUUUAAAUAUUCAUUCAACUUCCUGUAUCCUCUACUAGCUGGUUAACUUGCCGUACGCUUCGUGAGAAUGCGUUUGUUACUUAUUUCGAUUUUAAUAUUGUGGGCUUGCUCUCUGUAUUGCGCUUCUGGCGAUAACAGCGGAGUUAAAAAGAUGAAGAUGCAGUUUGCCACGGGUCCACUUCUAAAGUUCCAGAUUUGUAUAUCCUGAGGAUACAAGCGGGUGUUUGAGGAGUACACGCAGGCCCUGUACCAGCGAUUCCCAGACAUCCGCAUAGAGGGGGAGAACUAUCUUCCUUUGCCUGUGUACAGGUACAUUGCAUUCUUUUUCUCUGUUUUCAAAAUACUGCUGAUUGGUGUGAUCAUUGUGGGCAAGGACCCUUUUGCCCUCUUUGGCAUGCAGGCUCCAGGUGUUUGGGCUUGGAGUCAAGAGAACAAGAUAUAUGCCUGCAUGAUGGUGUUCUUCUUCAGUAACAUGAUUGAAAACCAGUGCAUGUCUACGGGUGCUUUUGAGAUCUCCCUGAAUGAUGUUCCAGUCUGGUCCAAGCUGGAGUCAGGCCACCUGCCCUCAAUGCAGCAGCUGGUGCAGAUCCUGGAGAAUGAGAUAAAAAUGAAUGUGCCCAUGGACAGAACUCUGCGCCAUCACUCCUAACCCUGCCUCUGCCCCACCGUCUGGAGCCUAGGGCCUCUCCAUUCUUGAGGUGGAUCUCUCCUACGGUUGUGAGGAGACGUUUAUGAAGGUUUGUGCUGAAAGUAGAAGAUCUACUAGUGUAGACCAGAUGUCCUGCUUACUCCUCGCCACACCACCUGGGGAUGCCCCACCCACAGAUGAGAGCUUGGGGUCCAUGGCAACAGCUGUGGACGUUUGCUACUACUGAAGCCCAAAUGCUGUGGAAUAAUGGUUCAUUUAAGGUUUUACAGCUCCUUUGUUUUAUCAAGAGAGAAUAUGCGAUAAUGGGCUGAGAGUGUUUAGGAAAGUUUUUUUUUUUUUCUAAUUACUGCUGAAUUGUCAUUGCAUUGUUUAUUAAUAGAUCCAGUACCUUUCUUAACUUAAGCUGACCAAAUCAUGGUUAUUUAACAUUAGACAAUGUGUUGGUUACUUUAUUGAGCUCCCUAACAAUUACAUUUCUUUCUAUAUCUGAACAUGUUAACUGAAAUAAUAAAUAAAGUAAUUCUAUCAAUGAUGUAUCUGA